CCUACAAGUGCCUCCUUGCAAGGGUGCCUGGCGAGUAAAUACUUGCUUGUUUGCCUUUCUCUUCUUUUCUUCUUCGCUAUUACUCCAUUCGAAAACUCCUUAUUCUGUCGAAAACGACCACCUAUUCAUAUCUAAGCGGCAUGGUUGACCUGCUCUAUACAGAGAAUAACGCAAGCGAAGUGAUGGCAUUGCUAUCAUCUGCCUCACACCCAAGGAUGAAUGGUGCUACGCAACAACUUAAAACCAUACACUAUAUGGACAGCCAGCGGUAUCACUGUGCUUCACCAGGCACCAUACAGCCUCCAAAGCCAUUUGCAUCCAGAUGUUUGGAAUACUUUCGUACUUAUACAGUGGAUGUCAUUCGAUCUUCUCUUGGUCAAACUACGCAAGGAAGACCUCGAAUAUUUCCAUCCGUACGACAAUUAUAUCGAUGGGUUCUCCUACUUCUACUCUUAAUCAUUGAUGUUCAAGAGGAAGCCGAACUAUCAGAGCCACCUCAAUUCUUUACUAGACCAGAAGCCUCUCUACCCGUUCAUAGGCCCGUCCAGUCCCGCGAGAAGACGUCCAUGGAGAGCCCAUCCAGAAAUUUGCUAUUCCACCCGCCCAAAGAUGAAGUUGAUAGCUACUGCAAGGACAACCAUCAUGGUGGUGCGAAUCAUAACUCUACAUACGAUGCCCUCAUCGCUGAAACCGACAGUUUGGCUAUCGAGCUUAAAGAUGACAGUUUAACUGAAGAUUUCUCCAAUACCAUGCUGGUUGCUCAAGGUUCGGCCGAACUCAAUGCCUGUUUGCCUCAAUCUGGCAAUAUCGAUAGCAGCACUCGGCCACCAUCUCAAAUUCCACGAUUCCCUUGCUUGUCACCCAAGCCUAGUGUGAGAACCGUAGACAACCAUGCUGUGCCUAAUCAUGCGUUACCCACGUUUCAUAACAAUGCAGAUCAAGGGCGUUGCAAAGCGGAAGCUCGCAUGAAUUUAUUGAAUAGCCCUCCUCAUGGUAAAUCGACUCAUUUACUACAUAAAAGCUCCUCGCCGGAGCUACGCAGGCAAAAGUCACCUGUGCAUAUGGAUGCAGAUGUUCUUCGUCAUGACAAUCCAAAGGAGCAUGAUUCUACAAAUACAACAAGUAGUUCAAACUCUUCUUCAUCAGGAAAGAGACCAUCCAUUCCACGCGGAUCAGGAGUGCAGUUGAUCCAAGGAAAGACCAUUGGCGAGAUUUUACAUGCCAAUCCGUUGAUUCGAAAAGAUGAUACUUCUCUCGUCCUUGCUCCCUGGAGGAGUUGAGUGCAAUAUACAUUUUUGGCAAGCCAAACAGAGCCUGCGACCUAUAUAGGGUUGACGACACGUAAAUACCAUGACCGAGAAGAAUUCGAACAAAAGACUCAUUCCUUAUUAUCCA